AUGUCGAGCCAGAAACCCAACGACUCUCUUUACGCCGUGGCGGAUUUCUGCCUGAUUCCUAUGGGCCUGCCGACGCCUUCUGUUGGCCCUCAGAUUGCCGAGUGUCAGCGCAUCCUCGAGAAGAGUGGUCUGGAGUACAGACUUCACGGGUACGGGACCAACGUCGAGGGCCCUUGGGACAAGGUCAUGGAGACCGACGUUCGUAUCGGAACACGUACUGACCGUGUGAUCGCUGGUGGGGGCAACGACAAGAAGAAGCAGCGUGUGGAGGAGAUCCUCGCCAACAAGGACUGA